AUCUUAUUCUGUUACCGAAGUUUUUUUUGGAAUGUUUUCUGCAGUUAUUUCGUAUUCGUUUGUUACAUUAUUGUGUAGAGAAGUAUUACACACGUGUAAGGUUUUCGAUAAAAUAAUUCAGAAUUCGUUGUUUCGUUACGCAAUAAUAAUUAUUUACUGCACGAGUAGCUUUCUGUUAAGCGUUACUAAUCAGUGUGAACGCAGAAUGGCAGAACCAAAUAAUGAAUCCAUUACCGAAGGAAAAGCUUCAGUUUUCAAAGGAAAGUCCAUAUUCUAUAACCCUGUUCAAGAGUUCAAUCGUGAUAUGAGUGUUGCCGCUUUGACGGUUUUCGCCGAAGAAUUCAAGAAUACUCCUCAGAAAAAGACGGUCAAAAGACCAUUCACCGAUAACGCAGAGAAAAACAAUUCCCCAACUCAAAAUGACCCGAAUCAAGCUACCGAUGAAACUGGUAUCACCGUGCUCGAAGCUCUAUCAGCGUCUGGUUUACGAUCAUUAAGAUACGCAUUAGAAGUACCAAAUGUUAAAAAAAUUCUCGCCAAUGAUUUCUCCAGAGCAGCUGUCGAAGCGAUGAAUAAGAAUAUCAAAGAGAAUCACGUCGACGAUAUCGUAGAAGCUCAGAAUCACGAUGCAGUAUGGUUAAUGCAGAAGUUGAACUUCGAGAAUAGAUCAAUACACGCUAUCGACCUGGAUCCUUACGGAUGUCCUACCAAGUUCCUCGAUUCGGCCAUUAACUGUAUAGCAGAUAGUGGCAUGUUGAUGGUGACUUGUACUGAUAUGGCGGUACUCGCUAGUGCUAAUCCUGAAACUUGUUACGUUAAAUAUGGUGCUCUUUCGCUACGUUGUUCCGCUUGUCACGAAAUGGCUUUGAGGAUAGCUUUGCAGAGUAUAUCGAGUAUAUGUGGCCGGUACGGUAAAUACAUCGUUCCCAUGUUGUCGUUUAGUGCAGAUUUCUAUAUACGAGUCUUCGUUAAAGUAUUUACUAGUCAGAAAAUGUGUAAACGAACUUCCAGUAAAAUGUCGUGGGUGUAUCGAUGUAACGGUUGUGAAAUGAUCACCCUGCAACCUUUAGGCACCGUAAAACAAUCGGAAAAAGGUAACAUGAAAUACCUACCACCGUUCGGUCCCAUUGUUUCGAGCUCUUGCGAACAUUGCAAAUACAAACACCGAAUCGGUGGUCCUAUUUGGAAUGAUAAAUUACACGAUGAAGAAUUCGUUGAAAAAAUGUUGACUAUAGCUCAGAAAGGCGAAUUAGGAACGCAUAAACGUAUGAUCGGCAUGUUGACCGUAAUUAAAGAAGAACUAAACGACGUUCCUUUAUUUUACACCAUCGAUGUUUUAUCUUCUAAAAUACACUGUCCCAAUAUUCCACUAGCUAAAUUCAGGAGCGCAUUAUUAAACGCCGGAUACAGAGUAUCGUCGUCUCACUGUAAAGUGAAUUCCAUCAAAACAGACGCUCCUCAAACGUUCAUUUGGGAUGUAUUUAGACAAUGGGUUAAAACAAAUCCGGUAGCUCAGAGAUAUCUUACCGACGAUCAAGUUACAGCUGCAAUUUUAAGUAAAGAACCAGAAUGUGAAAUUAGUUUCGAAUGGAAAGAAGGUGCAGUACCCAAGUCCACUGCUGCGGGAUUAUUGAGGUAUCAGCCCAAUCCUUUACCAUUUUGGGGACCUGGUGCGAAGAAUAGAUUCAACACUACGAAAGAAAAUGAAAAGAAACAAAGAAAUCAAAAUAAAAAAAAUCGCUUAAAACUCGACGUACCGGAAUCAAACGACGAGAAAUUGGCAGAAAACGAAGACCAACAACUGCAGAUGAAACGAGCGUUUGGAAUUUCGAAGUCGUCUUGAGGAAGAAUAGGUGCUCACGCACAAAAGCUAUAAAAAUGUGCUGGCGAAUUAGCAAAUUAUUUUCGAGCUGAAAUCUGAAUUAGUUGAUUAUGCGGCGAUGUUCUCUCUUUCAUAACCUAUCUCUGGCGCAUCGUUUUUGUUCUGAACUCGCACAGUUUUUUUUAAAUUUCUACCAAGAUAUCGCUCAGGUAAUUUUUUC